AUGUUUUGGUGGUUUACAAUAUAAGUAAAUAAAAAGUUUCAUUUUUAAAAAUUGUUAUUGACGAUUUUUACAUCACUUAAACAAGAUGAUAUUAACAACUUUAUGUGUUCUACUUGCUGUUAUAAACUACGGCCACGCGCAAAAUCCUAAUUGUGAUUUUACACAAAAUGUGCAAGCAAAUCGCAUGUACUACGUGUACAGCCCGGGCUAUCCCCGCAAUUAUACCCCGGGGGUGCAGUGCCGGUGGAUUGGAAUUUGCCCCGCUGGGUACAACUGCAGGCUAGACUGCCCCGAAGUUAAUCUGCCCCAGAGUAACAUGUGUUCAAUGGAUCGCCUGCUGAUAUCAAGAACUGGAGAUCCUCAGCUGUCAUCUGCAGAGUACUACUGCGGUCGUGGCACACUCAGCGUCACAUCUGUCGCACAGAGAUUGUCAAUCG